CGGUCGACGGAUGAACGAAAGAGCAGAGCACCGGCACGCGUAUACAUCACCCCUGAGAGAGAUUAGGCGAGAAGGCCCCAAAAGACGCCGGGUUCGGUGGCGUUUCCGAAUCUGGGUGCUUUACCUGAUCCUAAGCAAACGGUUGGCGAUCCGACAUACACAGCAUCCAGAGGGUUGGCAGGUAUAAGACUUUUCGAGCCAUUUUGUGCCCGAUCGUCGUUCGUCUCUUUCUCCCACCAACCGACCUAAUCGCUCGGUCGCACGCUCUCGAAGGGUGACACCCACCCUUCGAGAAGGGCCUUUCGGGAGGGGUGAAUUUUCGUGGUGCGGUUCACAUUGCCCUGCAGUCACAGUCAGCAACAGGAUCGUCAACUAAACGUCACGGUGUUUGCCAGAUGUAACGGACAUUUUGAUAAGUCUAUAAGGAACACUCGACCUAACGCAAAACACAGAUAAGGAGAUAGCUUUCCAGAUCAGUGCACGGAAGUAGUUGCAGAGAAAUAGAUGGUUACAUUUCUUCGCUCGAAUAUCAGCUCCGAUACGGUUCGCCGAACGUCGAUUUCAUGAGGGUGAUGCGGUGAUCAGUGACCGUUAUCGAAACACCCCGGAAGGAUCGCGCUUAAAUCUCAGGACGAUCUUAUCAAGCGAUUAGCAUCGGGGUCAUGCACAUGACCCUGUGAGUGCGAUUCGAGAAGGAUCCGAGUUCGCGUCGACCAAGUAUCAAGAACGUGAGUAUCGCGAGAAGAUGUUCGUUCAGUGAUAGUGCACGGUGUUAGCCCUUGAUCAACGAUAAGAAACGACAAGAGCGGAUUUGCACGCUGGGACAUUCUGCGAUUACGAGACACGCGAGACACACGCCGGAAGAUGAGGCUCUGGAUGGUUCUCACCGUGCUCUCGGUGACGGUGCACGCGUCGUUGGAGGAGAUCACCAGGAACAAAAAUCGCGGCAGGGGAUCCACGUGGUGGGGUAUUGCAAAAGCAGGCGAACCCAACAAUUUUUUACCGAUGUCAGCAGGUUCCAUACACAUGGAACCGGUCUACGCCACCCUAAGAAGAAAACAGAGGAGGCUCGCUAGAGAGAAUCCAGGAGUACUGAUGGCAGUGUCAAGGGGUGCGAACCAAGCUAUCGCCGAAUGUCAACAUCAGUUUCGCAACAGGCGAUGGAAUUGCUCGACGAAAAAUUUUCUAAGAGGGAAAAAUCUUUUCGGCAAGAUCGUCGACAGAGGAUGUCGAGAGACUGCUUUCAUCUACGCCAUCACGAGUGCAGCAGUGACUCACAGUAUCGCUAGGGCAUGUAGCGAAGGCAGCAUUCAGUCGUGCUCCUGUGAUUACACUCACCAGUCACGCGUAUCAUCUGCCGUUCGAGAUUGGGAAUGGGGUGGUUGCUCGGAUAACAUUGGAUAUGGCUUCAAAUUCUCUCGCGAAUUCGUCGAUACUGGUGAACGUGGCCGAAAUCUCCGUGAGAAGAUGAAUCUACAUAACAAUGAGGCUGGCAGAGCACACGUGACUUCGGAGAUGCGUCAGGAAUGCAAGUGUCACGGUAUGUCCGGCUCGUGCACAGUAAAGACCUGCUGGAUGCGGCUGCCGAAUUUCCGUGUGGUCGGCGAUAACUUGAAGGAUCGUUUCGACGGGGCUUCUCGGGUAAUGGUCAGUAACUCAGACCGAGUGCGCGUUACCAACAAUGCCAUCACCAGCAACUCGGCGAGCAACUCCGUGCAUCAGCAUCGUGAUGGUCUCGGACGUCGGCAGCGCUACAAUUUCCAGCUGAAGCCAUACAAUCCGGAGCAUAAGCCGCCCGGGCAGAAGGAUCUGGUCUACGUGGAGCCGUCACCGCCAUUCUGCGAGAAGAAUCCUAAACUCGGCAUCUUGGGCACUCACGGGCGACAGUGCAACGACACGAGCAUCGGCGUUGAUGGCUGCGACCUGAUGUGCUGCGGUAGGGGUCACAAGACUCAGGAGGUGACAGUAAUCGAGAGGUGCUCCUGCACUUUCCACUGGUGCUGCGAAGUCAAGUGUCAGCUGUGCAGGACGAAAAAGACGGUACACACAUGUCUGUGAAAAGAAACUCGAUCGUAAGAUAUCUCGUAAUCUUGAUCAUCUUCGAUACAACCUUCGUACAGGGUUAAACGAUCAAAGUUCGAACUUUUCCUGUUUUCGCGAUACUUCCUUGUAUAACGAUAUACGUUGAAUUCAAAGGAUGAGACUAUUUCUUUUAAUUUAAAGGAGAGUCUGAGAUAAUCUCUCGUAAACUGUCGCGACGGUCUGUUUCGAGAGAUCCUGUCAUAGGUCUUGCCGGAUGGAGUCGAAGUCGUCGUGGAGUCUUCCGCGUGAACCCGCGGGACCUCCUCGUCUUCAGUAUUACGCGAAACGAACGGAACUACAUAUAUUUAUUAUGCUGCGUCGCGCGCGUAUUAAAGACUGAAAUGGUGAGAAGCGUUCGUACGAUCGUAGAUUUUUAAGGCUUUAAGGUAGGAAGAUUGUAUGGGAUGCGGUAGAAGGGCGAUGUAAAUACCAGCGUAAAAUAUUUGCGUAACGUCGGUUCACUAACUCGCUAUUCACUGAUGAGGAUCAGAUUGAUCCAUCACUGCUCCCAUAAAUAAAAGAUUCUGACAUCUCAGCUGUGACAAUGUUAUACGGUAGAAAAAAAUAAUUUAAGGCUGCUGCUAUUCGCACGUCUCAUCCGACCAUUACUCAUCGAAGACAUUCGAUAAAAUUGUUGUCUCCGCUGAUAAUAUUCUAAUUCAAUUCAUUACAUCUUUUCAUCUAUUAAUCACAUUGGAUUAGAGCUUGCUUCUCCGCUAUAGAGGCUUAUUGAUCACGAUAAGUAAGCUGAUGCACGAAGAAGCCUUCAAUUAUUUUAUCCUACUGCAUGAGGUCUUCGUUUUAAGUGAUGUUCACAUUGGUGAUGAUUGACAUUGGCUAUAACGCGAGCAUCGUGGUCUCGUGAAAGCAUUAUUUAUUUUAAUAGUAUUCUUUUUGCAUUUUAGACACUCGCUCCCUCGGGGAAACAAGCAAUCUCGUAUACAGAUCGCAAACUUGUAUAUAAAUAAAUUAUAGCGAUAUAUUUUGCAGCAAUGCGAGCCAAUCGAUGGCCAAUAUAUUCCUUCGUAAGAAACUAUUGUAAAUACAAGCAGAUUUACACACACGCGAUGAAGGUGAAGCCCUAAAGGGGAGUGGUAAAUUAUUUUUAUAACUUUUUCAUAUUCCGCUCUUUUUUCACUUCUUUCUUUAUCGAGCGCUGGGAUAUCGAGAAUCCCACGGAUUUAGAAAUACCUUUUGUCAAUGCUUGAUAGAAAGAUUACUCUUCGAAUGAGAAAAUUUUAAUAAAUAAGCUAAUUCCAAUGUUGUGCAUAAUAGAUGUAUUAAUUAUU